AUGAAAACAAUAAAUAAUAAAGACUCAAAUAUACUCAAUCCUUAAUAUUAUGAGUGGCUGCAAGAAUAUAUUGAUACAGACAUAAUUGAAAUAACAGUAUUAACCAAAAUACAUAGUUUAAAUGAUAAAGCCUCUUUUGAUUGCAUAGUCUAUAUCAGCAAUAUUAUUAAUUAUGAAAGUGAGUUUAAAAUUGUAUAUUUUGAACAUUUUAAACAGCCUGUAAUUAUUAUUAUUUAUAAAUCAGACUAUAUCAAAAAGUUUUUAGAAUUGCUUUAAUAAAACUACCUCAUAAGAUAAUUAAUUAAUAAUAAAUCCUAGACUAUUUAUUCAUGAUUGGUUAUAUCAAGCAGAAGCAAAUCCCUUUUUAAUUAAAUUUUAGAUCAAUCAAAAUUUAAAUAAUUAAAUUCCUACUAAACUAGGUUAGGCUGAUGAAAUUGCUAAUUUUAUUAAAUCCAAAAUAUCACAACAAAAUUUAGAGUCUCUUUAUGAUGAAACAAUUAAAUUCAUUAAUUAAUGCAUUAUAUGA